AUGAUGCGAUAUGAAGAAGAAAACGAAAAGCUAGCAGACAGUUCACCUUGUGCUGGAGUGAGAGCUGAUCUAAAAAUGUGUUUACUUGAAAGUGAUUGUUGUAGACUGCACAAAAAAACACCCAGAGAAUGUCUGAAAGCUGAUGAUGGAACAGUUCCUACACAAUGUCAAGUACUUCGAAACACAUUUUUUGAAUGCAAAAGAUCCUUGGAGGUAGCAAUGAAAAUUCCUCUUUUGCACUAUCUUCUAUAUGAGACAUCACCUGGAGCCGCCCCUGCUACUGACUUAUUUUUCGAUGAUUAUAACUUCAGAAUAGGGAAUAGAAUAUACAGGGUGUUUGGUUCACCGACGUAUAUUCGGAAGGAGGUGGUAGGCUAUGUGAUUUCAAACAAAUUUAACCAUAUAUACUAAUAUACAAAGUGUUACACUUUUCGAGAAUUCAUCGCUUUCAAAUUUGAAAUUAGAUGUUACAAAAAUCGUUUUUUAAAAAAUGUUUUUAUAUACUCACUGCAUAGAAAGUUAGCGUUGGCUCCCUCAUUUGAGGACACGAACCUGUCAAUUUACUACCACGGGAGGAAAAAAAU